CGGUCGUGAGGGACGGACGCUGACACUCGGGCGUCCCAACCGCGCUGCGUACGAUACCGCGUUUGUGAAAACUGUUUUCCUUAGUGUAAUUUACAUACGUGAAGUGAAACUGAUUACAUUUUAGCAACUGUGAUGCGAGUUAUUGUAUGUUUUCAGUAUUUUUAUGAGUGACAGAUUUUAUAUAAAGUUUGAAGUGAACCUUUUGUGGAUUGUUUUUAUUUUAUAAAUCGUCGCUGAUGCAUUCUAUUUCCGCUGUUUUAUUUGGGUGAUGCGUGCGCGCAAGUGAACAUGGCGCGGGGGGGUGUCGUGCUCCUCGUGCUAUGGGUGGCCGUCGCCGCCGACAAACAUGAGGUGUCAAACAUAACUACACCAGAAAGCACCACAGCAGCUCCCACACCACCGAUACCCUUAAGACCUGAAUACGCCCACCCUGCCGGUGCUGAAGCCUUAGACCCUUAUAAUUCAGAGAAGAACCAUGCAGCUCCACAUCAUAGAGACUAUUUAGAAGAAGACUACGAUCACGAAUCACAUAAAGAAGACGAACAAGAAAAUAGAGAAGAUGCUGAUGAACUACCUUCGUUAUCUGGCGAUCAUCUGUUGCAAAGUUCGACUGAUGACUUGCCAAUGUUUCUCUUAGAACCACAGCACGCUUUUGUGGUGAGAAACAAACCUGCAGUGUUGAGAUGUCGGGCAGCGAAUGCUCUUCAAGUGUAUUUCCAAUGUAAUGACGUGAGAUCGGUGGCUAGUACGCAAUUUGAAUUUGUGGAUCCUCAAAGUGGAGUGCGAAUUGUGGAAGCUGAGUGUAACGUGACGAGGGAUCAAUUGGACGAGUAUUUCGGUGAAGACAGAUUCACUUGUACGUGUAAUGCUUGGAGCAGUAGAGGUGAUAUCAGAAGUCAGCCCGCCGUCGUCGAGUUGGCAUAUCUCAAGAAACCCUUCGCAGUAUCACCAACUCCAGCCUCAGUGGAGGCUGGUUCUGCUGCCUCCUUACGUUGCUCCCCUCCUGCUGCAGCACCGGCUCCCAGGAUUUCCUGGCUGAAACAUGGACAGCCACUACAGCAAGACCAUAAUGUUCUCAUCUCUGCUGAGGGAAAUCUUCUCAUUUCUAGAGCUACUUUGCAAGACAUGGCGAACUACAGCUGCGUCGCAGAGAACAUCGCCGGCAAGAGGAUCUCUGAACCCGCCCUCUUGACUGUUUAUGUAAAUGGUGGUUGGAGUUCUUGGGGUCCGUGGACGCAGUGUCGUUGCAAUGGGCGCGUGACUGGCGGUCAGCGUCGAACCCGGACCUGUACGGAACCACACCCUUUGAACGGCGGCGCGCCAUGCCAAGGACAGGCCGUGCAGAGAACCUCGGACUGCGUACCUUGUCAGAGUGCGUUACCUGGUCGAUGGGGCAGCUGGUCGGAAUGGUCAGUAUGUGGAGCUGACUGCAGACAAACAAGGAGACGAGCCUGUACCGGAGACACUCCAUGCUCAGGAGCUCAUGCACAACAUGCUGACUGCGUUGGUGACUACUGCGGAGUUCAUGGUGUGGCAGCACAUAGUGACAUACCACUAUACAUUGGCAUAGCUGUAGCAGUAGUGGUCUUCUUGGCUGGAGCAGCAGUGGUCUACAAACUUUUGCAGAGGAAGACCAGGGACCAUUCUCUGUACACCAUGACGAGAACUGCAGAUUUCCAGCCUGAGAUGUACCCGACAGUGGAGAAACAGUCUCUGUCUCUGGCACCUGAUCUGAUGCAGCAUCGACCUCCAAGAUACGAGCAUCCGCAGCCAGACUCUAGAGCUGAACAUCAUUAUGAUGUACCGCAUCUUACUAAUAGCUAUGCGUCUCCUGUAGACCAUCAGGUGACACCUUGUGCCUCCAGCAAAGGUCAAAGUGAUGACUACGACAGCAAGCCUUACAGUGAAUCAGAACAUUCUGCCUCCAGCUGUUUUACCAGCUCUGGCUCAAUGUACGACGCAGCGAAUGAGUCUGUGACUCUCCAACUAGCGGAACUCGUGUCGAACUCGCCUACAUCUCAGUCCCUCUCAGUUUCAAGUGCUGGGGCGAGAUUGGCAUUACCUGCCGCUGGUGUUGCUCUCUCGAUCCCCGAAGCAGCCCUUAGUAGGGGCAGGAGGGAACAAAUAUAUGUCGCAGUCGUCAAGGACGACCGCUAUCGACCAAGAUUGGGAAAAGGUAUCACGCAGCUGAGCCCAGUAGUUAAGUGCGGCCCACCGCGUCUUCAAUUAAACAAGUCAGUCAUCCUACAAAUCCCUCACUGCGCCAGUCUAAAACACGGCUUCUGGAAUCUAUCGCUGUACGCCAUCGACCAUAACACAGCUAAAACAGAUAAUACACAGCCGCAAUGGAAGAAAAUCGUCGGCCUCGGCCAGGAAACGAUCAAUACUCCCGUGUUCACUCAACUCGACAAUGAUAAAAUAUUCUUAGUGACCGAUAUGCUGUCUACUUUUGUAUUAGUCGGUGAAAGUUUUAAUGGAAAGGCAGUGAAGGCGCUUCAAUUGGCGAUAUAUGCGCCCGCAGUGCUGAGUGAAACCAGCGCAGAUUACAGUAUAAGACUUUAUGUAUUUGAAGACACGCUCUGCGCGGCCUACUACUGUCAGGAACAGGAGAAGAAACUUGGCGGCGUGUUACUCGAGCGUCCCAAAACUUUGCUGUUCCAAGACGGUGGAUCGAAUCUCUGUUUGAACUUAGAACACGUCAGCCCCGGCUGGAAAGCGAAGCCGGGUAUUGGUUACCAAGAGAUCCCUUUCCAACACGUUUGGGGUUCGAACUACAACGCGCUGCAUUGCAGUUUUGUGCUUGAGAGGACCCACGACUGCGAUAAUAUCGAUUUCAGCGUAUCCGCCUGUCAGAGAACCAAUCCGUCAUACAAGCAGACAUUCCGAAUAUCCCUCGAUGACGUGCGGAGCCGAUCACCGCGGGGACGUUCACCCCGCGCUGAGUCGCAGCGCAGUUUUAACAUAACUGAAAACCUUUUAGAGGCUCGUAUGUGCCGCAGCGAAGACGGGAGCGAUGGCAGCGUUAAAAGGAACGUAACAGUUAGUGAGGCGGGCGUCAACGAGUGCGCGGGCGAGGGCCCGUUUAAAUUAAGUGCUCGAGUAAAAAGGCAGUUAUGCGCUAUAUUAGACCCACCGAACGCGCGCGGGAACGACUGGCGGGCGCUGGCGUCGAGGCUGGGAGUAGAUCGUUACACGACGUGGUUCGCCACAAAGAGCUCGCCAACAGAGGCUAUCCUGGAGCUGUGGGAGUGUCGCGAGCGCGGACCGGGUGCCACCGCCGCACUGGCCGCUGCGCUGCGAACUAUGGACCGGCACGAUGCCGCCGACCUACUGCACGGCAGGCCAUCCUGGUUAUGAAUUCCUCGUAGACCCCACUCCCAAUCUAAUUAAUGACUUCAAAUUUUCGGUACGUAUCCGAAUGAAUGUUAUGAGACUAUCGUGAAUGAUGAUAUUUGUGCUACUAUAGGCCUAUACGAACGAAUGUACAUGGACGAUUGUUGGUAAACUAAUGAGUAGUUUAAAUGUUAUGUUAGAAAAAAGUAUAGUUUCGUAGGCCGACGGCCUAAGUUUGUAAAAUCUUCGUAGUAUAUUUUGUAUAGAAUAUUCUAUGCUGUAGAUAAGCGAUUGAUGAAUAAAUUAUAUUAUAUUAGCAAUAAUAGUGCCUACAAUGUCUUUUAAAGAAACAUUGCCGACUUGAGACGGUCGGCGUCAGUUGGUUAUUUCGUUAUUUUUUGUAUAGUGUUUGAGUGUUUUAUUAACUGAGAAAUUUGCUUAUUUUUCUACUUUAUUUGCUCGCAAUAAUUUGGACUUGCUUCUUAUAGAUUCGAACUUUGUGCCAAAUAAUGACUGCCACAGCAAAAUUUUGGCAAUAUUAUCUAAAAGAGAAUGUUAUACGUGUCUAACUCUGAGCUUAUUUAGCUACUGUUUAUAGUUACAAUAUACAUAAGCAAUUUUAUUUGAUGUUAGAUGAAUUUGCAAUAUUUAUAAGACACGAUGAACUUUUAUCAAUCACUGCUAUCUUACUGAAUGUAUUCACUGCCGCGUACAUGAACUGAAUAAUGUGAAAUUCAUCUAAUACUCUCUUGUACUAUAAAAGACUCCACAACUGCAUUUAUAACUAAAACUAUUUCAAUGUAAACUACUAUUAAGUCCAACUUCUUGAUUCUCUUUGUACGCGAUAACUAUGGACCAAUUUUACCAUGUUUCUUAUUCUUCCUACUAGCAAUAGUUGCAUCACAAGCAUGAUAGAACCACAUCAUCAAACAAAGUAUUGAUUCCUUUACACAAUUCCCCAACUAAUAGCUAUUUAGAAGUAUACAGAGACCCACACUGCCACUAAUCACUGCCCUUCUAAAUUAUCGCGUACAGAACAGAACUGAACAAUUUCAGCUACCAAUAGAAAAGAUCUUGCUAUCUUCGUCUUUUUACAUCGUUCGCUGUCGUAAUGGGACUGGAAAGAAUUGAGGCUAUUAAACUAAUAGGGAUAUAGAAAUUCUGGAUUAAUCUAGAUCGUUUAAAAAAUAUAAAGUUAAAUAGGCUUGUUUAUAUUUUUAGAAACACAUAGGAUGCAAUAAAAAUUGUAGGGUGUCGCCAAAAUGAAAGCAGUGGAGUAAGGACUUAUCUUUCGACUUUGACUCGACUUUAAUAUGACUUUUAGAGGCUGAUAUGCAAGGAAAAUAACUUCUCUUCAUUUACCCAAAAAUACUUUUCUAACUUAUGUCCAAAUACACAAAUACAACUAAAUUUUAAGACGCGCUUAGGUGUAGUUCUAUCACUACAAAUUCUUUGUGAACAGAGAUGACAUGGCAUUCAAAUACAACUUAACAACAUAUUCGGGCAUUAUAUAUUAAUCGUACCUAACUGUUGCUUUAGCAAUUUGAGUAUUCAGUAUUCAAAAAAGUUAAUCGAAUUCUCAGUUAUUAAUGACUAUGGUUAAGUAGUGUUAACAUUAUCAUGGGAAGCUAACGUUAUAAACAUCUGCCUACACCCACCCCAUAAAACAGGUGUUAUUUUCAUGUUAUAAUUAUAACAAAGGUACAGUUUGUGGUAACGUGUUGUUUAUGUCAUGAAUGACAAUCGAUUUACAAAGACCAUUUAAAAAAAGUAUUAACCCGCUAUGCGAAUACAGAUUGGCGCAAUGUGUUUUCUAUUGUAAUUCAUAUACAAUCAAGCGGUUAAUGAAGCUCGAUAUAAAAUCAAUUACCUAAAUAAGAUAUUUGCAUUGAUUUCCUGUUUGUUUUUCAUCUAAAUAUAAAAAUUGUGGAACAAAGUUACGUAUUCAUUGCAAUUAAAAUUGUAUGAAACGAACGAACAAAAUUUAAUAUGAAAAAUCCCUCUGGCGUUACAACGCGAUCGGUGUUAUCAAGUUGUCAUUGCACGCGGUGAAAGUUAAAUUAAAAAUGUUUUUAUUCAUUGCAUACUUUUACUACAUCAUGAUAUAUAAACUUCUCGGAGAGGUAGACUGAUAGUAACUACAGGGUGGCAAGUCAGCAUAAUGCCACGGGCCCCAGCUAUUAGCUUGUCUGAUUUUCAUUAGCAAAAGUCAUUUUUGGGGAAGCCUAUGUCCAGCACUGGACGUUUUGUGUCUGAUUCUGACUAUCAUGAUGAUUAAUAAAUUCUUACAGUCCAAUUUCGACAGUGUAACGAGCCAAUAGAGAUCAUUUUCUAUAAAUGUAUAUAAUGUGAUAGAUUGUAAAUAUCAUGUAUCGCAGUUAUAUAGUAGUCGGAACAUAAUAUGCUAUGUAAUGGUGACGUCAUCACCCGGUAGACUAUAUAUAUUUUUGUUAACGUGAUGAAUAUUAAAAUAAAUGGAUCUGUGAUACUUAAAUAAUAUGAAAUAAAUUA